GACAGCUCGCGCGGGGUAAAUAAACGCGCAUUGGGUGUAAACAAAGCUCCGUGUCUGCGCGCGGGGAGUUGCUUAAAAAAAGUUUAGUUUUCAGCGUAAUUUGAGUGAAAAUUGUCUACUUUCUGCGGAAAAAUUUCAACCCGCACAACCUUGCGAUGGACGUGGACGCGACCCUGCAGGACUCGGCCAGCGGCGGAGGGCCGGAUUUUCGGGACGACGUUCCAAACGACAAUCCCGAGACGUACUGUCGGCUGUGUUUUUCGGAGCAGGGUGUGAAUUCGCUGUUUCCGCCGGACGGGGGCUACAUCCGGGAGCUGACGGAGAAGAUUCGGCACUGCGCGGGCGUGCGGAUUUCGUUGCGGGACGACUACCCGGCGGGGAUCUGCAGUGCGUGUGUGUCCUUUCUGGACGAGGUGCACCAGUUUCAGAAGCGCAGCAAACACUGCGACGAGGUGAUUCGGACGAAGCGGAGCUUGCUGGAGUCGAUCCAGGUGAAGGUUGAGCUGAGGGAGGAGGAGCGGCCGGCGGGCGGUUCGGCGACGGCGAUGGCGGCCGCCGCGCAGGAUGGGGAAGGGGAUGAGUACGGGGCGGAUGAUUGUCUGACCGAGAGCAGUAUUAUUGCGGAUGCCAUUACUAGCUUAAACGGGAUCGGGGAGUUGAUGGGGACGUUCCAGGGUGCGGCCGGGGGUGAGAACCAUGUGUUUCCGCGGAUGGAACCGUCGGUGGCCGCCAGCGCCAACAAGGAGCAUCGUUGUAUGGUAUGCGCCAAGAUGUUCCCGGAUCGGGAGUCCUGGAUGGUGCAUUUGGGUGAUCACGCGGAGGAACGUCCGUACCAGUGUUUGGAGUGCUUUGCCCAGUUCCGUGAGAAGCGAUCUCUAGCGCGGCACUUGAAGGCCGUCCACGAGGAGGUUCGGGACCGGAAGUGUCCGUACUGUCCGAAAUCGUUCAAGUACAGCCACCAUCUGCGCUAUCACAUACGAACGCACACGGGGGAGCGGCCGUACGUGUGUGAAAUCUGCCAGGACAGCUUUUCGCAGCACAUCCAGUGGAAGCGGCACCAGGCCAAGCACCAGCAGCGGCCGGAUCAGAUCCACGUGUCACGACAGGUCGUCGGCGGCGUCGUGUCCAGCGAGGACUCCACCAUCAAGUGCGAGUUCUGCCCGAGGGUGUUCUCGCGGCUGCAGGACUACCGGCGGCACGCGCCCAGUCACAACGCGGACAAUCUGAACUUGGACCGGUUGGCCGAGCAUCAGAUCGCCACGCUGCACACGCUACACCAGCGUUAGGUGCGCCGGCCGGCUAGUUCUCUUUUGGAAUCUUAAAUAAAUUUGGACCGUUUUUCUUUA